AGGUGAGAGAGCUAGAAGAAGAAGAGAACGGGUUGAAGGUCCGUCCUCCCGUUGUUUGGAGAUCCUCCGGUAGAAGGCCAACAAACUUUUGAGAGUUUCAGUUGCAGCUCGUGUCGCCAUGCGGAAGAAGGUAACAGGUUUGAAGUUUUCGGGGCUUGCCAGCCUUCCGCUCCCCGAGCCCAAACAGAAGAGCGCAACAAGUGACAAGGUAGAUCCGAGUGAGCUGCUUCAGUUUCUGUUCCCAAGUGGGUUCUACCAUUCCAAGUCAACCGCCCGACUGUAUAUAUUCGCUGAGUACGGGCCAACUCUGGUGCGGGUACGGGAUGGAUGGAUGAGCCUCCGAGCAGGGUACAAGGGCCAACACAUUGUAACAGAACAAGAGCUGUCUGACAUGAUCGAUGAGAUGAUACGGGAGGAUGUCCUGAAAGUUUACGUUGGGGAUGCUGUGCUCAAGCCAUCGGAGCAGGAGGAGAUCCUGUCGCAGGCUGAUGACAAACUCAAGACCAUCCCGAACUAUACCAAGGAAGAGAUUGAAGAAUUGCUGUCACCCUGUCUGGACAGCGAUGGGUUUUACAACUUCAAGAAGUUGCAGGAAAUUGUUCACAGCGAGAGGAGCGAGAAGCUGAAAGAGCGGAAGAAGACAUUUCCAGACAUUGUCAACAAAGUGAGAUUGCCGAAGAAAGCAUUCAGCUUCUACGAGGAGACGUUACAGCAGAGCAUACGGUUGAAGAAGUUUCGAGAUAGCGAGAUCUUCCUCAACACAGCAAAGGCCCUCAGCAGGAACGCUUUCCGAAUCUCCGAGCUGAAGGACUUGAACAAUCCUGCGCUCUCUUCAAAUUCUGUCUUCAUCCGUGAAGACAUCGGCUUCAACCCCGCCAUCCCGAUGUUCAAGAUUCCUGUUAUCCGGGGCAGAGCCUCGUAUGUCAAACCUCACGAGCCUUACACGAAGAAGCAUGUUUACGAGGCCGUUGAAUCUAGUAAUGGGCAUGGCGAUAGGGCGAUGACGGACGAACGCGGCAAUGUCACCAUCGAACCGCUGGAUCUCAACCCGCUCACCAGCCGCCUGCAGAGAGGCGAGUCAAGGAGAUCCACGAGGCAUCUCGAGAGCCGAGGAGAGAGCAGGAGGUCGGGGAGGUCGACAGACCUGAGCGCUAGGAAUCUGACGCAGAAGUUAAACAUAGAGUCAGCCUUGACGGGUCUGACAGAGUCUGAGAGGCGAUGGCUAUCAACCCUCGUCCACGACAUGGAAGCAGCAGCCACCAAGGACUCUCUCAUCACCCCCCGCACAGACCUCGGCAUCAAGAAGUUGAGGACGGCCCUCCCGCCUACCCGGCAAGUGGCGGAUCCCAUGGCGGCGGGCAGGAGCAAGAAGAAACUGCUGGAUGAGCUAAGAGAGGAAGUAAUGAGCUACGAUGAUCUCCUCUCCUCUCCUCCUCCCCCUCCUCGUCCCACCCUCAGGAACGCUGCCAUGAGGAUGAUCCGCGGAGAACCUGUCGAGGAGACGAGCGAAGGAUUAAACCCGUCGGCUAACGCAGUCUACUUGCAAGCUUGCAAGAAAGCCCAGCUGGUGAGGAAGGAGAUCGUCUCUGUGCUGGAGAGCAUCUUCAACAACAGCGAGAGCGUGAGCCUGGCGGGAAUGUCGUUGAGCAAGGGGAUCCUGGCGAUGAGUGAAGCAUGUAAGACGGAGGAUGAAGAGACGAGGGAGGAAGGGGAGGAGGAGGUACUGAAUAUUCCCGUGCUAGUGCCUUACGCCGUUUCCUCGUCAUCCCCCGCACUGCUCUCCUCCCUGGACCUCUCUCUCAACAGGAUCGAUGACGGCCUGCUCAAGAAGUUCUGCAGCUCCAUACAGAAAUAUCGAAACCUGACGUCUCUCAACCUCUCCGGAAACCUAAUCACAUCCGUCGGCCUCGCGGACAUAGUCGACAAGAUCCUCCUGUCCUCCACCUUCUUUCUCCAAUCCCUCGAUCUCUCCAACAAUCAUCUUUUCUUCGGUCGCGGCAUCGCUCCUCUCCUCCCCCCCCUCGCCUCCCAUCAGGCCUCCAGCUUGACCUUCCUCAGCCUCAGUCACAACCAGCUGGGAAAAGAAGCUGGAAAAGUACAAACAAAGGGAAAGCAGAAAGAGGAGGAAAGAUGUGGUGCAGGAGCAGGAGCAGGAGCAGGAGCAGGAGCAGGAGCAGGAGCAGGAGCAGGAGCAGGAGCAGGAGCAGGAGCAGGAGCAGGAGCAGGAGCAGGAGCAGGAGCAGGCAGCUGGAAUGGGUUCGGGGACGAUGAUCCGGUGCAUGCGCUGGUGGAGCCCGACCUCCCCCUGCUUCGCCUCCUCCUCACAGCCUUGCUGCACCUCCCUCCCAUCCUCCUCCCAUCCUCCGUCCUCACUGAGUACGAGUGCUGUGCUGAUCCAGGAACCGCAUCGGCGCGGGAGCUGGUGAACCUUUCUCUGAAGCAGUCGAAGGAGGAACAGCGAGACUUUCCGCUUGAGGUCUCCCUGCGAGAUUGCUCGCUGGUAACGGAGGACGACGAGCAGGCAGACUUCAACAUCGCAGAGCCAGCAGGAGACUACAGGCUCAACCUCUCCGUCGUCUACUCGAGGAGCAUUGUCAAGAGCCUCGUCGGCCUCGCGCUGAGAGGACGAGGAGAGUUCACGCGAGGAAGCGUCAAGCUGGAUGGCUCUCCCUUCCUGCUCCAGGUCUCCGUCGACUUCGACCCUCCUCGCAUCGGCAUCCUGGAGUUUCGGUUCAAGGACACGAGCAGCGGAUGCUUGGAGAGUGACGAGACCAUCUUCUCUGCCUUCUUGCAGUCGCUCAAGGAGCCCAAGAGCAGCAUGGAGCGAAAGCUGCUGAUGCGGAUGGUGACUCGAGGGAGCGCGUACCUGACGCUCCUCCAGGUCAAGGAGAUCAUGCUGAUCCUCUCCAAGGGAUCAGGGGCAAAGCCGCAUCAUCAUCAUCAUCAUAGGGGAGGGGAGCAACAGGAGGAGAGGAGGAAGAGAGGAGAGGAGGAGGAGGAGGAGGAUGUGGUAGAGAAGCUGUUUCGGGAUCAUGACGACGAUGGCGAUGGGGCGCUGGACUGCAGGGAGUUCAAGAGGAGCAUACGGUCGAUAGCAGAGGAGACGAUCACAGAGGAGGACCUGGAACGGAUGUUCGAGGAGGCAGACUGGGACGGGGGCGGAUCCAUCUCUGAGCUGGAGCUCAACACUUUCUUGGGGGGGAGGAGAGACGGGAGGAGGAGGAGCUCGACGGCGUUCACGACCGAGGCCUUGGAGAGGAUCGAGCUGAUAGUCUGCAGCUACAAUCGGCUGGUGGAAGGGACGAGCCGGUCGCGGGAGCUGCUGCUGCUGCUGGAGAACGAGCUGGAGAGGAAGGAGGCGGAAAGAAGGCUGGGGCUUGACCUAGUCUCCUUCUCUCAGUCAAACCCAACAGGAUUCUACGACAUCAACCUCGCUGAACCGGUCCAGCGAGAGAUAGUCCUCCGUCUCCGAGCCCUCAAGAUGGAGAACGAGAAAGUGGAGCGCGAGCUGCUUUUCUACCACUCCCAGCAGAGGAAGGGAGGUCCCCGCGACCGGCUCGAGCGCGUGUGGCGCAACUGCGUUCAUCAUGACCCAGGGAAGGAGGAGGAGAGGCCUGAGGGAGACAAGAUCGUCUUCGAGCAUGACUGGCGUAUCCCGUCGCGCGGGAGGCUCCUGCUGGACUUCGUUCACAUCGUGCGACCCCCUGCUGAGGCGGUUGCUGUGGAUGAAGACAAGUUCAGGGUACUGCAGCUGAGAAUGGGACUUGCGAAUAUCUUCAGCACAGACGAGCAGGACGAAGCGAGGUUGAAGAUGGUUGUCGACUUUCUGAGCAGGCAGUACGUCUGUUGCCAUCAAGUUUCUUCUCUUCUUGAUCACUUCAUCUCCCACGAGUUCUGCGUGGAGGUCAUGGUCAAGGCUUUCUCGCGGGUUGUCGACUGGCACAAUUUCAUCAAUCUCCUCGGGCGUUUAGGACAAGCAGAGACGAAAGCUCAUGGCGGCAGGCUACUACGAGCUCGAUCUCUCGCUCAGGGAGCAGCGGAGCUGGUUCACCUGGCCGACGCCGAACCAGGGCUCAACUGUGUCGACGUGCAGUACAACGGAGUCGACUUUGAGAUCCCAGCAGGAUGGACCAACGAUGUCCCAAAGAAAGGCAUCCUUGAGCUGAACGAAGGAGUCAACGGAUCUUCGCUUUCAAACUUCUGCGAUGCCUAUAUCAAGCAAUUCUGCGUCGAAGAUGGAGUCCAGAUAGGAGCAAGUCCGUGGGGGAACGAUUGGGUCAGGCUCAACAAGCUGAGGAGGAUCCGCGUGAAGCUCGUCGAGCGCUUCCAGACAUACUCGAAUUGCUUCUCCAUGCUUGAUGAAGAUGGCGGAGGGUCGAUCAACCGCAAGGAGCUGGCGAUGGGACUCUUCAAGAUGGGCGUCUGGCUGCAUCCGAGCGAAGUGCAGGCGCUGAUGGAGGCUCUAGACGAGGAUGGAGGAGGAGAGAUAGAGCUUGAGGAGUUUGCGAGCUAUUGGAACUCUUACGUCUUCGAUGGCUGGACCAUUGAAGGGCUUCCCUACUGUCGCUACACACACAAUCAGCACAACGCAGAUUGA